AUAUUCUACUUCACAAUGGAGUAUUUUGUUUUUUCAUAAUAAAAUACAAUUUUCCAUCUUUAACUUUCUCUAUAAAGUCUUCGAUCCAAAUGUAGCUUAAUCAGUUGUAAUUAUUUAGUGAAAUCUACAGUCAUUUCUUCUCCCCCAAAACCAUACUUUUACCUUAUCAUUUUCUUCUUCUUCCCUCUAUUAUUAGUCUCUUCUCAUAUUCAAUAAAAAUAAAAAUUUAAAAAGUAGUCAUCGUGACAUUUUGAUUGGAUUUCUUUGAAGUAUAUACGAUGGGUGAUUCUUCCGCUCAAUACAUCCACUUGGUACAUCACUUGAUUGAAGAAUGUUUAUUGUUCAACAUGAGCAGAGAGGAAUGCAUGGAAGCACUCUCCAAACAUGCAAAUAUACAGCCAGUUAUCACCUCCACAGGCCCAAUACAUCAAGGAUACGUAGACGUUCAGAUCGUCAUUUUAGAGGUUGAAAAGGUGCCCGAAGCCCAAUACAUCAAGGAUACGUAGACGUUCGGAUCGUCAUUUUAGGGGUUGAAAAGGUUCCCGAAGUAAGUUUUGUUUGAUAAAACUUAGUGUUUGACUGUAAGGUUAGUUUAGUCAACUUUAUGUGUCGAGAAAAUUAGUCAGCUUUAUUUUAAAAAAUUGAAACCGUAGAAGUGAAAUUGACAUUCACAGCUACAUUACCCCGGAAUUUUUAUGUUGAAAUCUAUUGCGUAUCACCAUCUUAUAAGUAAAUAAAACUGAAAAUUUCAUGCCAAUUUGGGGGAAAAUCAAAAUUGAAUGGGAUAAAAGGCGUUUUUUUUUAAAUCGGCUCGGCCAAACCGCCUUGCGGCAGUUUGCCCGCAUAGAUCUCGAAAAAAUACGUAAGUUCAAAAAAAAAAAAACGCGUAAAACGGACGUCCGAGCGCAAAGUUAUGACCAUCUAAAGUUUGACGACUUUACAACUAGUUUUUGUCCCUAUAUUUUUUAGAAUUAUAUUUAUAUUCAAAAUAAAGUUAUGCCUUAAUUAAAAAAUAACACUCUUAAAUCAAAAUCUUAAAAAAUAAAACACCCUAAAGUUUACAAACAAAACUUACUUCGGGUACCUUUUCAACCCCUAAAAUGAUUAUCUGAACGUCUACGUAUCCUUGAUGUAUUGAGCCUACAUUAUUGUACGCAGAAAAAAAUAUCAGGUUCUAUAUAAAAUAUUGACGUUUCGGAGUCUUGACACACGACUAAUCAUUGGUCAAAGUAUGAAAAAAACACUAAGUUUUUUAAAACAAAACUUACUUCAGGCACCUUUUCAACCCCUAAAAUGACGAUCCGAACGUCUACGUAUCCUUGAUGUAUUGGACCUACAUUAUUGUACGCAGAAAAAAAUAUCAGGUUCUAUAUAAAAUAUUGACGUUUCGGAGUCUUGACACACGACUAAUCAUUGGUCAAAGUAUGGAAAAAACACUAAAGUUUUUCAAACAAAACUUACUUCGGGCACCUUUUCAACCCCUAAAAUGACGAUCCGAACGUCUAUGUAUCCUUGAUGUAUUGGGCCUACAUUAUUGUACGCAGAAAAAAAAUAUCAGGUUCUAUAUAAAAUAUUGACGUUUCGGAGUCUUGAAACACGACUAAUCAUUGGUCAAAGUAUGAAAAAAACACUAAGUUUUUUCAAACAAAACUUACUUCGGGCACCUUUUCAACCCCUAAAAUGACGAUCCGAACGUCUACGUAUUCUUGAUGUAUUGGGCCUACAUUAUUGUACGCAGAAAAAAAUAUCAGGUUCUAUAUAAAAUAUUGACGUUUCGGAGUCUUGACACACGACUAAUCAUUGGUCAAAGUAUGAAAAAUAACACUAAGUGUUGCAAAAAAUAAAGUUGGCCAAUUUUUUUUUUGUACUGUUUAUAUAACACGGUAUUUUACUGCGUUAUACAAAAAAAAAAAAUUGGUACUUGUAUAACGCAGUAUUUUACUGUGUUAUAGAAAGAAUUUUUAUUUUUUUGGUUCUUCUAUAACGCAGUAUUUUACUGCGUUAUAGAAGUACAAAAAAAGUAAUUUUUUUCUAUAACGCAGUAAAAUACUGCGCUAUAGGACUUAACG